UCCACUGUGAAUUCCACAGCUGCUUUUUCUCCAGGUUUAAACACAGGUCAGCUGCAGCUGUACAUUGGGAUGUCGGCAAUGCACUGGGAGGCCAGACGGCGUCAGAGUGCUGUGGACCGCAGGAUGGCCAGAGACAAACAACAGCUGCUGCAGAGGGAUUCUGAGACCAGCUGCAAUGCAACAGAGUCAAACACAACACAGGAGCAAACAGUUGGAGGCCAGUGUCCCCACUGUAAGGGCAACCUAAAGACACAAGUCCAUCACAGUGCCAAGGUCCCCAACAGAUACUCAUCUUUACAGUACGCCCAGCAGUGGUGAAGACGAGGAGAAAGAUCACUGUUCUCUGAUAACCACACUGGAUUACCGGACCAUGUUUGGAGGCUCUGAAUAGCAGCUCUGCAGUUGGUUUGUCAAGACUGCAUCAGUGGAGAUGAUCAAAUAAAAUCACAUCACAUUUUUGGUCAUAUACACAGUCUGACAUGUAGUGAGAUUUUUUUUGUGCCUAGCUUGGGAAAGAAACUAAUAAAACAAAAUACUAUACAAUAAAAUAUUUUUAAAAAGCUAACAUUAGGGGUAGCCUUUACUGCUGUUCUUCAUCCUAGCUCUGAGUUUAGUCUAGCCUAGCAUACCUUCUUAUUCUCUCUUUGUGUUGAAUGUUCUGUUGUUGUAGAUUGGGUGUCUUCUCAGAUUAUAGAGGCUGCUAGGUUUAUAAUUUGUAGAUAUGGAGUCCACACAUUUAGAUAAAAUAUAUGGCAAAGUAAGUACAGACUAUUAGACUGAUAGUCCAGUUUACAGCAUUGAAACUGGCUCCCUCCCCUACUGUAUUACACAUGAGUUCUCUUUCAUUAAAUAUGUGAACCUCAGAAACCAGAUCAUUCAAACUACUUGCAGUGGUAAACUGUUCCAUGCAGCAUCUGAUAAAGUCUUACAGAACAAAUAUCUAGGGAAAUCAUAAUUGUAUCACCAUGCCCUCAAGCAUGCAGACUACCGAAUUUCUCCAGUAACAGUAACAUAAGGCAUCUUGUUCAAAUUA